AUGCCUCGUCCAGGGAGAAACACGUACAGCGACCAGAAGCCACCGUACUCCUACAUCUCCCUCACUGCCAUGGCGAUCCAGAGCUGCCCGGAGAAGAUGCUGCCUCUCAGUGAAAUUUACAAGUUCAUCAUGGAUAGAUUCCCUUAUUAUAGAGAAAACACUCAGCGAUGGCAAAACUCCCUGCGACACAACCUGUCCUUCAACGACUGCUUCAUUAAAAUCCCCCGCCGCCCAGAUCAGCCGGGCAAGGGCAGUUUCUGGGCUCUGCACCCCAGCUGCGGGGACAUGUUUGAGAAUGGAAGUUUCUUGAGACGACGCAAAAGGUUCAAACUGUUGAUGUCCACUGAUCAUUUGGCCCCGAGUAAGCAGUCGGAUGCUGCCCAUUACCUCCAGCAGCAAGCCAAACUGAGACUGAGCGCCCUGGCAGCCACCGGCACACACCUUCCCCAGAUGUCAACUUACAACCUCGGAGUGUCUCAGUCCUCAACUUUUAAGCAUCCGUUCGCCAUCGAGAACAUCAUCGCCAGAGAGUACAAGGUCCCGGGGAGUCUGGCGUUCUCCACCAUGCAGUCCAUGUCUGCCGGGUACCCGCUCCACAACCAGCUGACGUCCGCCUGGCCGCACAUGUACAACACCAGCAUGAUUGACACGUCGGCGCCCAUCUCCAUGGCGAGUGGCGACUACAGUGCGUAUGGCAUGCCCAUCAAGUCCCUGUGCCACGGGGGACAGUCCUUACCGGCUAUCCCUGUGCCAAUCAAGCCCACCCCGACUUCUAUGGCCGGCUUCUCGGCGUUACCGCCACACAUUCCCGCGUUUCUAUCAAACUCUCCGCAGUCGCUGAGCCCGACGUCCCCUCAGACAGCGACGAGCCAAAGCAGCCCCGCGACCCCGAGCGAGACUCUGACGAGCCCCUCCACGCUACAGUCUGUUGCGGUGCACUGA